AUGGGACAGCAGCCCGGGAAUGGAGGCGGACGGGACAACCCGCACGAUAUACUAUCUGUCCUUGAGCCUGGGCUUAGAGCGACAAUAGAGGCUGCAGAGCGGGGGGAAGCCGAGACCCAAGAUGACUUGUCGUCAACAGUACAAAAAAGGAAGAAAUUUCCCGUUUCUUCCGUUGUCAUCCGUUCAUCACUUGCUUUGCUGCUCUCUUUUAUACUCGUGGGGGGAUGGGUGGUAAAUGCGAGAAGGGAAAAACCUCCACUGGGGCCCCCGGUGCCCGCCGAUCUCGAGGGUAUGCAAGAGACUUUGGCCACAUUAGAGAAAACUGCUGAACGUGUUCGCACAAAGUGGAAUGAAAUGUCUGAAUCUGUGCAAACAGCUUUCCGCACAUUCUAUUCCCAAGGUGACCUUCAGCUUGCAUUGGAUGCCUCCCAGUCCUCGUCAGAUACUAUUGGAUUCCUGGCAGAAAGAUACGUAAAGAAAAUCAAGUAUACGCCAUUACCUGAAGAAGAAGAGAGCAAAGACGAGAAAGAAGAUUAUGCUUUAUGUAAUAUGGUUGUCACAGCUACGCUUCGUGCUGUUGAAAUUCGUCUGGAUCAGCUGGCGAAACUGGAGAAAUUUGCAGCAGAGCACCCAGGCACUCCCGAAAUGUUGGUCGAGCGAUUGACGAAUAUGGUCAGCAUACAAAAGAUCAUCGAGUCGAGUGAUCAGAAAGUUUCUGAAAUAUUUCAAGAACUGCUUGGUUUCGUGGAGCGGGCCAAGUUCUGGCGGAGCACUAGCGAGAAGAAACGCGUAGAAAACCUCACCAUGCCUGCACUAGAAAUUCCGUUUCCCUUUACCCGUCUGGCUGAGGCUGUGAAUUCCAGCGUAGAGAGAGAAGAGCUACGAAGCCUUUCUCCCGCGAAGAUACUUGGUUGGCAAGAGCAGUGGAAUGUACCCGGCUUACAGGGUAUUAUUUAUCAUAUAAAAGGCGCAAUUGAAGGCAGCUGUUCGCUUCAGCAAAAGGAGAGGGCUUCUGCUCUCGCUGGUUGGGCUCAAGACAAAGCUGUUCGCUUGCGCCUAAUGCAUCCAUUCACAAUUGCAGUGUCUCUUUUGUAG